CACACACACACACACACACAAUAGUAUCAAUUUUCCCUCCAAAAUCUUCCUCUGUUCCCCCCUCAAUGCUCACUCCACUUUUCUAACCCUAACCCUCCACCACCAAUCUCUCUUCUUCUCCUGUAGUCAAGAAAGCAUUUUUUUUAAUUAAUUCCUUUUUGCUCUAGUUUGAUCAGAUGAAUUAAAAUGGGUUCUCUUGGAGACGAUGACGAUGGUGAAAUUAAAGCAGGGAGAGAAGACCCAAAUGCCAAUUUCGCCCCUUCUUAUACCCAACCCUUUGAUUCUCAAUUUUUGCCCUCUCCAUUGCCUGGUGAAAAAGGUGAGGAUGCCAAUGAGCUGCAAUUUUUACAAAGUACUAUGCUUUUUGAGGAUACUGUUAGAGUUGAAGAUGCAUUUGAGACCCAAGUAGUGGAUCUUGGUGGUGAAACACAAGCGUUGGAUGACCUCGAUUGGUUUCAGAACGUGGACACCCAAUUGAUAGACGAGAUCAUUGAUAGUGAUGGUGAAGGAACAGAUAGAACUGAAGUUUUGGAUGAUGGUAAUGAGCUCUCUGAUGAUGAAUCUGGAAGAAGAGGCAAAUGUGAAUCAUUGGAUGGGGAGAAGAUUCAAGACACCUCUCUUUCCAAACGUGGUGAGAAGGGAUUGGUGGAGCAGUCUGAUGCUUUGACCGAUGAACAGCAUUUAUCAGGAUCUGCCCUGAAGUAUACUUCAGUUCGUGUAGAGUCCUUGCGGGUCUCUGGUAUAGCAGCUCGCGGUAGUGCUUCAAAUGGAACCAACAACAGUGACUCAUGUUCUCUUGUGACUGAUGGUCAGAUUUCAGAACAAUUUACUGUUAACACUAAUGGGUCAAAAACAAAAAUUCCAGAGGAAGUUGUUUGGAGGCAUGAUAUGGGGAGAUCUGAUGAUGAAGUGAAGGAAUUUAGUAAUGGAAGCAGGUGUAAUAUUGGUUGUUCUGCAAUGAGAAAACUCUUCGCUGAGAAUUCCUUUAUUGAAACCAAAGGACAUUUUGUAGGAGGAAAAGAAGUUCCCAUUUGUGAUGAUGGGGUGGCAGGGUUAAGCUAUAUUGACUCCCAAGAACCAGGAGAUUUGUCACAAGCCGAUGCGCUUUUAUGUGUGCAAAAGUUAAUUGAAGAGAGCAAGGUAUUGUUUGAUGAAGUUGACCUGGGGAAAAUUGACAGGAGAAAGUCAAGUCACAUUUCAGCUGCGAAGGGGGUACAAAGUUUGGCCAAGAAAACCACUGAUGGAGGCACCAAGGGAAAAAGCAGGAUUUUUGACUGGGAUGAUGGACUCGAGGACGAGGGAGGAGGGGAUAUUUUCCGCCGAAGAAAGGAAAUGUUUUUUGGUACUGCAAACCUUGGGAAGAGAUCCUUUAUGAAACCCUCAAAAUCCAAAGGAAAUCAGUUGGGUGUAUGCAGGGACAACGAGGGAAAAUCAAAUGUCCAGAAUGUAAUAGAGGUUCACUCUGAGUCAAAAAUAGAUUUGUGUGGUCUAAGAGCUAAUAAGAAGAUGAUGCAAGAAACUGAAACGAAUGUUAGUAGGAAUCUUUUUAAUAAGUUUGAUGAACAACCUGAAGCGGAUACAUCAGCAGGACAGUUGGAAGCUCUUACUAGGAAGGAGGUUCCAGAAAUGCUAGAUAUAGGUUUGGACACUCAAAUGGCUGCUGAAGCUAUGGAAGCCUUAUUCCAUGGGGAGGGCAUUGCUUAUGAUGCUACUAAUGAUGGCCAGCAGAUUCCAGCAGUUAAUUCCAAGGAUCUUAUGGAAGGAUCACUGAGAAGUAAGGCUAAGAAGAGCAUCCAUUCAAAGCAACAUUCUCUUAGCAACAAUGAGGAUAUUGGAGUUACCACACAUCAAUCAAAGAAAACAUUGAAGAUUAGUGCUAAACUAGUUAAACAAUCUUUAACUCCAUCACAAAAAUGUCCUGAAAAUGUCAGAAAGCAGUGUGAUAUGGAUGUAGUAAUGACUAGAAGUAAGAGGGCCAGGUCAGAUGCUGGACUUGAUGAGCUGGAUAGAUGUAAUGGAACUGCUUCAAGGGGUCAUCGCUCAGUUAAGAAACAAGAUUUACCAGUGGAGCUUGCUACUUCAACACCAGUCGCUCACCGGACCAGGCAGUCAUUGGCAGUUUCUAAAUUGAAAAGUGCUGAGAAUGUGUCCAUUGAUAAUAGAGAAAAACCCAACAGCCAGGUUGAGUUGGGUGGUUGUGAGUGGCAUAAAGCUGGUGUGGUAGAUGUUGAGGCAUCUGAAGUGUUGAAUGCUAAAGGGAACUCAUCAGGACUGGGUUCUAGUCAACCCGGAGAACCUAAAACUUCCAAAUCAAGAUUGCUAGCUACAGACAAUUAUAUCAGUUUUCCCAGAAGAAAAAGAUCUCGUCAAAACUUGUCAGGUCAGCUUGAUGAGCCCCAUAACUUACAUGCUCAAUCCAAACCAUCUUGUCAGACAGGAAUUAGCACUGAUUUAAACAUGAAGAAGAAAACCAGAUCAUCCAUAUCUGUUUGCCCAGAUAUGUCACCUCAACAUGUUCAUAAAUCAGGCAUAGAUGGCACUACUUAUAAUUAUAAUUCUGUUGAUAUGAAUGGGAAGAUGUCUAACAAUCUAAUGGGAGUGGGUGCUUCAGUAAAUUCCUCUCACAGAAGAAGUAAUGCAGAUUCCUCACCAUCAGCUGCAAAUGAAGUGAAUGUGCCAAGUUCAGAUAAUUUGUCAAGGGAGAAAACAAAAUCUUACGAAUCAGCAUGUGCUUCUCCUGGUAUCUGUAUGACGCCUGUGAAUGCUGCAUCACCUGUUUGUAUGGGCAGUGAAUAUAAACAAUCAUGCAGGAAGAACCUGUCAAGAGCAUGCCUUGUGAAAGAAAUGAGUAGUCUAUGUGCUGCAUGGACAGGACCUAUUUCUGAACCAAAAGAUACAAGGAAGAGAAGAGAUUUGUCUGAUGUUCGAGUCCUUUUCAGCCAUCACCUGGAUGAGGACAUAAUUAAGCAGCAGCGAAAGAUAGUAGAUCGACUUAAAGUUUCAAUAGCUUCCUCCAUUACAGAUGCAACACACUUUGUUACUGAUAAAUUUGUGCGGACAAGGAAUAUGUUGGAAGCUAUUGCUUCUGGAAAACCAGUGGUCACACAUUUAUGGCUUGAGAAUGUUGGACAAGCUAACUAUUACAUUGACGAGCAAAAGUACAUAGUAAGAGACUCAAAAAAGGAAAAGGAGUUCGGCUUUAACUUGGCAGUUUCAUUGGCGCAUGCGCGCCAGCAUCCGCUUUUACAAGGUCGAAGAGUUUUGAUCACUCCUAAGACAAAGCCGGGCAAAGAAAUAAUUUCCAGUUUGGUCAAAGCAGUUCGUGGCCAGGCAGUGGAGAGAGUUGGCAGAUCCACUCUAAAGGAUGAUGUAGUCCCAGAUGAUCUGUUAAUUUUGUCUUGCGAAGAAGAUUAUGAAGUCUGCGUACCUUUCCUUGAAAAAGGGGCUGCUGUCUACAGUUCAGAGCUGCUGCUGAAUGGAAUUGUUACUCAGAAGCUGGAAUAUGAAAGGCACCGGCUCUUCGCAGACACUGUCAAGAGAACUCGUUCUACGGUAUGGAUGAAAAAAGAUGGCCACAAUUUCGUUCCCGUGACAAAGCGUAGAUAGUUUUUCUUGUUCCUGGCACCUUUGUACGUUUUUGCAUAAUGCAUGUAGUGAAUAUGUUAGGCUUUCUUCCCUGUAGAAAUAUUUUGACGGUGCUCCAGCAGCACGAGAAUGUAAAAUUUAUUCUGUAACUCACAAUCUUUGUUUUAGAUACUUGAUAGAGCUAGUCAUAUUUAUUCAAGGAACAUAAGAUCUGUAGGAACGAUUAUGGGGCCUUCGCUCGUUCUUUAAUGGCAGAGAUGUUUACUCUUUUGAUUUGA